AAUCCAUGCGCUGCUGCGGGCUCAACCCUGAUUAUAAUAAUGGAAGAUUUGAUUUAAAUUUAAUUUCAAAUGUGCAAUAGGAUUUAAUUUGCGUACAUAUAAGCAAAUACAUCCACACCCACCAAUUUUACCAUAACACAAAGUGGAGGCUACUGAGCUGCAACAAUACUAAAUUGUUAAAUAGUACUACUGAAAUUGACCUUCCUUCAAUUUUAUUCUCAAGACCGUUACAAAAGUCACUUCUAAUACCUCCUCAGAUCCCCACGCCUUUGGUGUGCAAGCCAUAUUUAAAAAUGUGGUUUGACCAGAGCAACGAAAUACUCGAAUUCUUCCGGUCCUCAUGCUUCGCCUACUUUAUUGUCAUCCUGGUCGCCGUAUCUCCGACCUGUCUCGGUGCCAAAGAAUUUCCUGCAUUUCGACUCCAACAGUUUGAACUGCACGGCACCCCUUACGGAACUACUGGGUCAUUACUAAAUUUGGAAACCAGAAUUCUUCCAGGCUCACCCAUUGUGACCAGCCCAAGACGAUGCUAUGUUGUGAAACUUGUGGACGUGUCUGUAACUAUAUAUCGAGAACUGCUGAGACACAAUGUUGGAGGGGUUGUCAUCAUUAUUCCUUCAAAUUUCAAGCCCUUGUCCUCUGAGUUGAGAGAGCAGAUUCACGAAUUAGAACAGGUCAUGCUGGAUGAUGCAACGUCUGUUCCUGUCUAUUUCAUUAGAGAAACUCCAGAGGUUCUCAAAAUGUACGACACAAUUCGCCGCAGUGCCGAGUCAAUGGGGACUAAGCUCAGCGCAACACAAAGUUUGAUUCAGUUCGUGAUAGGGAAUGGCGUUCAGCUCGUGUCAUCUCUGGGAACUCCAAAGGUCAUUGCAGAUGCUCAAAUUUUCUCUGUACAAGGAGCACUUAUUGGUUCAAAAUCGGCACGAAACUUCCCAAUUCUGAUUUCUAGCCAUUAUGACAGCAUGAGCCCUGCUGCUGAAUUGGCAUUUGGAGCAGAUUCAAACGGUUCAGGAACCGUUGCUCUGCUAGAAUUGGCUCGUAUUUUCUCUCAUCUAUAUAAUUCUGGUGGAGUUGGUGGAGGGGGCACAAAAGUCAUGGGCCGACCCUACAGCUCCUUGUUAUUUCUUCUCUCUGGCGCUGGGCAUUUCAACUUCCAAGGAACGCAAAAAUAUUUAGAGGACCAGAUCGAUUCCUCUGAUCAAAGUGAUCUUCAAGAAACAAGAUUAGUCGUGUGUCUGGAUAGCUUGGGAACAAAUUCAGAUCAUAUUUAUGUUCAUCUGUCACGUUCUAUCCGAGAAGGAACUAUGCUUCAUACAUUUCUCGAGAACCUCAAAGACACUGUCAAAGUCUUGGCUCCUAAUAUAAAAGUUGAAGUCAUACAAAAGAAAAUUCGGACAGAAAACUUAUUAUCCUGGGAACAUGAAAAGUUUCAUCUGAAAAAAAUCAACGCAAUAACUAUCUCUUCUGCGCAGACUCCGUCUGGGAUCAAGUCAAGCUUAUUAGACUCUUUGGACAACUUGGAUAUUAAAGUUUUGACAUUGAAAACCCAUAUCAUUGCCGAGGCCCUCGCAGCAAGUAUUUAUAACGUUUCUGACGUUGGAACGGCAUUUUCUGGAUCUUUAUCUGUUUCUGAAAAUUCCAUGAACUCCAUGUUGGAUUUUAUUGGCUCUCAACCUCGGUCUGCCCAGCUGCUUGCCUUCAAAAAUAAUAAAUUUGUUCAGUCACUGCGGAGUCUAUUGGCAAGGUAUACACAUGAAACGUCCCUGUUUUCAAUGAAACCCGACAAACGAGAUGCCAACUUAGUUUUAUAUGAUAGCACCUCUGGGAUUAUUGUCGCUUACGAUGUGAAACCGGCUGUAUUCGAUCUCGUACUCUCCUUAAUCAUUGCUGCGUAUAUUGGAAUUAUCUACCUAGCCAUUAAGAAUUUUGGAAUAAUCUACAAUGUUUUUUCUUCCACACCAUCGCCUUCUGCAGCAACGAAUGGUUCCAAUGGCCAUUCUCAUCAAAAAACGAAAGCACAAUAAUUUUAAGCUCCUUAAUUUAAAAAUUUGGCAAAGCUAUGCUUUCCCUGAUCAAAUGCCCUAAAAGUCCAUUAAGUAUAGGUCUGUGUAGGUUUGUUUUAAGCAUUGCUAGUCUAGUCGUAGUGUAAGUUUACGAAUAAUAUUAUACUAUAAUAUACAAGAAUUUGUGGAAAUUGCAUGCCCAUUACACUCGUUGUUUGUAGUAUCCCUGCUAAAAAAGUAUUCUCCAAUUUCUCAUUGUUACAAUUACUUUACCAAAGCAUUUAUACAUUUGCGCAUAGAAAUUUUGUUACAAAAUAAAAAUACAUAUUCAGUGUUGUGACUAA